GGAGAACUACUCUUUUAAAAACAUGUAGAUAAAAACAAGCUGUAUGUCAUGGAUAAUGACACUAGUUGUGUGAAAAGCAUCAGUGUUUGUUUUGAAAAUGGCUCUCAAGCUAAAUCAUGGGUUAACAAUAAGGGUGUGACGAGACACUUAUCCGACAAGACGAGACAAGAUUUUUAGCCCUUUUUCAAAGAAAUCCUCAAUGAUGAAAUGUAUAUACCUUAAAAACACAAAAUGCAAAAAAUGUAGGCAUUAUAAAAUCAACUUAUUAAACAUCUAUUUUAUUGAAGUAAUAAACAAUAUGUAAACACUGCAAAAUGUUUUGUCACAAACUCAACUGACAGGCAGUAAUUGCACAAAAAUUUUGCUUUGUUUUCUUAACAGGUGCAGCUUUUAGUAAAGUGCUGUGGUUGCUUUCUCUAUAUGCUUUUGCAUAGUGCUCGUGUUAGCAGAGGUGGCGAUCAUUUCACACUGUCAAUCCUCCUUCCUCCACUGACUGAACCCUCAUGGCCUCCAGAGAAACAGGGUAAAUGUACCAGAUCACACUAUGACGUUUCGGAGUCUGUGUAAUCUCCUUCAAGAAUCUGUCACUCCGUUUGUUGUGUCGCUUCAUGCCAAAGAAUGUCCAGCUGUUAAGUUUUUAAUUCAGAGAGUUCUAGAGCAGCUGAUGGGUAGAGGAAUGGCUCUGGACAAAGAACAAGAGGAUGAUACAGCUCUGCAUUUGAAUACCCAAUGUAGUAUUAGUGAUCUUUGCCAGUGGUACAACUCGGUUAAGAAGCCUGACCUGAAAAAUAAUGGCCUGUACUGGAGUUUGCCUAUUGUCGUGAUCUUCAAAGACUUUGAGGCUUUCAACUUGGAAGCUUUACAGGAUUUUAUCCUUAUCUGCAGUCAGUACGCCCAGGAGCUUCCACUCAUCUUUAUCUUUGGCAUUGCAACAUCUCCCAUCACUAUCCAGCACAGGCUGCCUCACUCAGUUUCAUCUUUGCUCUGCAUUGAGGUCUUUCAUUCCCUCUCAUGUACUCGGCACUUAGCCUGUGUCUUCGACAAGCUGAUUCUGACUUCUCAGUUCCCAUUCAAGCUCAGCAGUAGGGUGAUACAGGUUCUGAUUGGCAUCUUCCUCUACCAUGACUUUUCAGUUCAAAGUUUUGUUAAGGGCCUCCAGCUCUCCAUGUUAGAGCACUUUAAUAGCCAGCCUCUCAGUGUCCUUUGCUGCAAGAAACAGGAGGCCUUGCUUCGUGCCAAGACGCUGAGCCAGAAAAAUGUGGAAAGGAUCCGUCAUCUCCCCUCAUUCAUGAGGUAUGUGGAGACUCAGGAGCCACAAGAUCAGGUUUUGCUUCUUACCAGUGAUGAACAUGUCAAGGAAGUGUGUCAGAAAUUGCUGAAAAACCUUCAUAAAUACCAUAAGAAUUACUAUCCUAUUCUCCAGUGUCUGUACUCUUUGACGUCAUUGCUACCCAAGUGUCCCCUGGGAAAACAUAUAAGAGAGCUCCAUGUAACCUGCAAUGAGAAGAAUGUUUGGGAAAUGGAAGAGUAUCAUUCAGCCAUGCAGCUUCUGAGGAUUCUAGCAAAAGAUGAGCUUGUUGCAGCUUUACGGGAGUGUGCUGAAAUUCUUAAAUCAGCUGAUACCAAGAAAAUGCAGAAUGUGCUCAAACAAGUGGAUGAGUUUGUUGUCAGAUUGGAAGAGUUGGAAAAUCUCCCCACCGAAGAUCUUCCUGGGGAUGAUGUCAUCACCUUUUCAGGAAAGGAUAUUCAAAGAAGAACAGAUCUUCAUUACCUUCAGAAGGCUCUGCUGGAAAAAGAGUCCAGAAAAACAAGAAAAAUGAGCCCAUUCGAAAUACUUCGAAACCAGGUGCUACAAUAUAUUGAUGAACUUGUGAGAGAGUUCCUGACUCCAGCAGAGCUUCAACCUCUUAGUGAAGUAUGUUACUACAGCUCCUCUGGGGUGCUGCGGCAGCGACUCAAUGCUGCCCCCCGCACAUCUAUUCAAGCUGCUCUCAGUCAUCCUUUUCACUACCUGCAGAAUGAAGCCUUGAAAACAAAUGCUGGCAUGGUUUCUAGUGCUGCACCUGACCUCUGCAUCAUAUACAAGCUUCAUCUUGAGUGUGGAAGACUUAUAAAUCUAUAUGAUUGGCUUGAGGCCUUUGUGACCGUAAGCUCAGCUGCUGAGGACAAAGAAGCAAAUUCUGAUGAGUAUGACAAACUUGAAAAUCUCAAAAAUGCUUGCUUCAUUCAGGCUGUUUCUGAGAUGGAAUUCCUUGGUUUUGUUAAAUCAACAAAACAGAAGACUGAUCAUGUGGCAAGACUGACUUGGGGAGGUUGUUAGAGAAUCAUCCAUACAGCCCUAAUGUUUAAUGUCUUUUGAACUACAACUAUUUUAAGCUGCCAGCAUUGCAUGUUAUGUAUUUUCUCUUUUCAGAUCGUCUCUAACUUCAUAGUGACGAUUUUAUUAUUGUAUAAACGGGGUAAUAACCUCAGUUAGGGAGGUUGUUAGAGGAACUUUCAAACACUCUAGUUUCUUGAACGUGAGCCAUUGUCAUUUUAUUAACUAUGUACUUUUGAUUUGAGUCCUUUGAUACAUUUAACUGUGUGCCAAGUAUUACAAUAAAGUAGAAUAUUCUGUUUUUUAAUGUCUCUGUCAAAAAUUCUAUAGAGCAAGAAAGUUUUAUUUGACAACCUUUACCUACAGCAUUCUUUAAACUGCAGUCCAUAACUUUUGCCUCUAUCGCCAGUUACCUUAUGGGUUUAUCAUGAAGUGUGUUUAAAAUACCAAGCAUUUUCAUAGAAAUCUAAACCAAGAGUUAAAAUUAUUGUUAUGUGUUCACCAUUGUAGUAAUUGUGAAUACAGAUUGUAGAUUUAAUUAAAAUUAAAAAUGAAAACAUGUGUUGACUGAU